UUCAAUGAAGGGAGAGUGCAUUGUGGAACGAGCUCAAUUACACAUUGUGAUCUUGUCAGCGUUUUCUCCUACUAUCAAGAUUUCUGGAAAGAUUUUUGAAAUCCCUGUCGGUUUUAUUUACGAUCAUCAGUUAUUGUGAAUGGCGUCCAAGAACACAACAAAGACACCAAGCACUGCCACCAGAAGAAUGCAGUCUUCUACAGGAAAUGUUUGGCCACCCAACAAUUGUACGCCACUGUGCCCCAGGUCAGCAGGAUGCUCAUACUCUGGCAAGCAUCAUGAGUUGAUCUUAUCACUUUUCAAAUGUUCAAAUCAGGGCAAUGACAUUGAAAAAUCUGACUUCAAAAACAUUCUAGAUAAGUUUAUUAAAACAAGGUGGAUUCGUGAUGGUUGCAUCCCCGAUAAAAAUGAUCAACUCCAAUUUCCAUUAAUACACUGGGCGUGCAUUUUUGGACAAUACAAACACCUGGAGUAUCUCGUUCGUGAAAAAGGCUUUGAGCUCAAGGUAAACGUCGGAAGGAACAAGGAGGGGCCAUUGUUUUCUAUGGUUCAGCAUCUAAGUAGUGGUAUGCAUCCCAAGAGCUCCAGAGAAAAGCUCGGAAAUAUGUUUGGAAAUGUUAUAGAUAUCUUCAUGAAGUACAGCCCAGAAAGCUUGUUUGAGAGAGAAUCAAGUAACGAUAAUACCAUAUUGCAUUUCUGUGCCAAACGGUGUUGUGAAGAUUCGCUUUCUAGAAAAUAUUUGGAAGUUCUCUUGGUAAAGAUCAAGGAGAGUGAGAAGUUUCCACCUGAGAAAGAAGAAGAAAUAUUGUUAGCGGUAAACAAGGAAGGCGAUACUUUCCUUCAUCUUAUGGUAUCGGAUGAAAUGUCCACUGACACACUGACAUACUUUUUUGCAAAUUUCAGCGAAUUUGGUGAGAAGAUUUCUAAAGUCAGAAACAGUCUUGGUGAGACGCCUCGGCAGAUUGCUGUACAGAAAAGGUCUAUAAAAAUGCUCAAGGCUCUUGGAGCACCGGAUUUGGUCAUAAACACUUUAAAAAAGGCUGUCUCCAGUAAACCAAAGAACUCUCCUGCCGCAGCUAAGGCUUCCCAACAAAACAAUAAGGAAACUCCAAUAACGGUGCCUAAACCCUCCUCGAGUUUAAAUGCCACAUCUAGCGACAAGGAGAAUCGAAACUCUAAAGCAGCUCUCAAUCAUUUGGGUUCAGUUGUUAAAGGUGCAUUAGGUGUGUCAUGUGCAGAACAACCUGAAGUGCCAAUCAUCAGUGAUAGAGAGUUACACGCAGCAGAUUUCAAAAUGAGUUCAUGUGAACCUCUGCCAUCUUCUGUGGAGAACGAUUGUAGUGCGCCAACCAAAAGACCACUCGAGCCAUUUCCUCAGCUUUAUCAUGUUUCAAAUGAAAAGAAUAUAACACCAGAAAAGCCUUCUGUUGUUCCUAAGUACAUCGUGUCACCCCCUGCCGAUUCGAUGGAUCUGGUUAAUGCUGUCACUGUUGAUGAUUUGUCUCGUGCAUCUGGUGCACUGGAAGCUGAUCCCACUCGUGGCGAGCGCAACUCUUUUGUCAGUCUUUCAAAUAGCAUUAAUAAUGUCACUCAAAAGAGGAAAGCUCCAGGAUCCAGCAGGGCUAAGGGUCCUAGAAAGAAGAGAGUGUGUACUGAUUUGUCGUCAGAUUCAGACAGCGAUUACAAAGAGGAUGCAGACUGGGUAGCCCCUGACGAUGACUCAGAUGAUAACCUUGAAUCUGCUGGGCAAGAAGACGAAGAAGAGGAUGAAGAAGAUAUGGUGGUUGAAAUCAAUAAAGAUGAUGACCUUAAACAAGGAGAAAAGGAAGGAAAAAACCUAGUGGAAACUGAUGUAGAUUUGGAGGAAGCAGGACUUAAGCAUACGCCGUUUUGCGGGAAGAACUGUAAUGUGCAACACGAUAGGCUCCUUUUGGGUCUCUUGAAAUCCUCCAAUUACCGUUCCGUCGACUCCUUCAUAAAACAAGUCAAAGAGUACGUUAAUCAACUGGGAAAGUUUUCAGACGUUCGCGCCAAUGCUGACCUACCCGACCCGGUUGAUUCCUUCAAGUACCCCUUGGUGCACUGGGUCUGUGUAUUGGGCAAAUUCAAAGUGUUAGAGAAACUAGCCGCCAUGAAAGAAUUUGAUUUGGGUGUUAAAUCUGCACGCACCGGAGAAACAGGAUUGCAUCGAAUGCUUUUCUCUCUUCAUCAAGCCUUAAUUCGAAAGAAAAGCCCUAGCAAGGCAAUACUAAAAGUGUUUUCCAAGACGUUGAGAAUAUUAACCGACAGUCUGCCUAGUAUAAUAACUGUUUGUAACAAAGAGGGAGACUCGCCGUUUCACUGCUUGGCAAAGGUGAUACUCGAUAGUACGGGAGACCUGGAGAGAAUGAACACCUUCGAAGGUUAUUUUGAACAUUUAGUGAAAGAGUUAAACCGUUUGAGGAGAUCUGACAAGCUGACGUCAGAGGAUGUGCGAGACCUUCUUUUGAAAACUAACGGUAGUCGAGAAAACUUCUUGCAUAUUUUAGCUUGUCGACACGGAGUUGGUCAUCGUGUUAUAAAGAACCUACUGCGGAACAUCGAACCAGACAUUAUGGCCACCCUCCAGGCGACAGUAAAUGCAGAUGGCAAAACUCCUUCGGAUCUCGCCGAGGAUCUUUGCUCCUACGAAAUGGCGGAAAUUCUUCGCCCACGCAACCAGGAGACUUCCGCCAAAGAGGCCUGCGAUAACCCUGUAGAGGAGUCACCACCGACUCCUGAGAGAAAUGCCCCACCAGAAUUAUCAGCCAUGAACUCGCCACCAGCCACCCUUUUCCAUCCUAUGGAGAGCUCUUUGAGCACUGGUGUUCAAGUUCUAGUCAAGGAGGAGCCCCCAGAAGACGGUUUUUCGGCGGAACCUUCAAGAGAAAGCCCCGAUGAAGUUAACGACUCUUCUGGUUUUUCUGAAGUGCUGGCUGAUGUUCCAUCUCUCACUGCUACCAAAUUUGUACCUGGAAAAGUAAAGAGUAUGAUCCCUACUUUGUCUCCGCCUGCGAUACAAGAUGUGGAUACUAGGGCUUCCUCGUCAGUCAAUGGUAGAACGGAAAACAAUAUAACAUUGGCUUCCGACCCCGACGCAAACAAUGUGUCCAAGAACAGGAACAUGGAUUCUUCUAUUUUGUCUGUAAUCAUGAGGAUGCCGGGCCUCGUGAAGUCUUUGCGCGACUCUGUGCAAACGAAGUUGACCCAGUCACAAAGAGAAUUAGCUGAUAAUAAAAGCGCUUUGGCUCAAGUGCAGCGGCGAAAAAGCGAUUUAGAGGAACGUAAACGAAAGUUGUUGGAAGAACUCCAGAAGAACUGGAGAGAAGUCACUGCUGCUGCUCAAGAGGAAGGCGCGUUGCAUGCCGGAAUUGCUGCGAGGAAAAAAGAAAUCGAGGCAUUCAAAGUCGAAUUGAAGAAGUACGACUCUAAUAGACAGUGAUGUAAAUAAGUGUAAUGAGAAUCUGUUUCUUUUUUACACGAGGAAGCUUUUAUCCCGGGUAGGGAAGAAAGAGGUCUCUAAGAUGUAUGAGCGGGGAAAUUGGGAUUGGGAUUAACUGGAGUUUUAAGAUUUUAACCUCGGUAUUUGUCCGCUCGACGAAUAGCAAUUUUCCUCCGUUGUGGCUGUGCACCAAUUGCUAGUCAAGUGAUGUAGGAAAGACUCAUACCAUAGAACAUCAAAAGAGUCACUUGAAAUGUAAAAUCAAAGAGAUCAGGUUCGGGUGAUUUUGGUAAUUUUUGGCUACUUUUAAGAUUGUGAUAUUUGGACUUAAGAUUGAAAAAACAACGUUUUUUAUGGGCACGUAACAAAAAAGGAAAUUUUUAAGAAUUGUAAAGGACACUUUAAAGAAGAUAAACUUAACAUGGAGAUAA